UGAGGGCUCACCGUCAUCGGUAGCAGAGUCCGAGUCAUCACGACCCACUGAGUCACCCGAGCCAUCCGGCGCUGGAAUGACAUCCGCGGCUAUCCUUGCGAGGAACUCACAAGCUGGGCCGCACAAGUGCACCCGCAUCAACCCAUCCACCAACAAGCCCUGCAACACCAUCUUUUCUCGGCCGUACGACCUCACCCGUCACGAGGAUACCAUCCACAAUGGCCGAAAGCAAAAGGUGCGAUGCCCAAUGUGUCGCGAAGAGAAGACUUUCUCCCGCAACGAUGCUCUUACGAGACACAUGCGGGUGGUCCAUCCUGAGGUCGAGGAAUUCGGCAAGCGUGGCAAGCGUGGAUGAGUAUGCGGCUCUUGCGUAUCCCGACACAUAAAUCUGCCAUAUUGCUACUGGCACCAAUUCCUGAGAUCACUGCUCCAGUCACAUGCCUAUGCGAUCGCUCGAGCGAACUGGACUCGAGCGGACCUUCGGAUCCGUGACACGGCACAUCACUCGCCGCCAUGAACGUUGAGAUGAUGAUCGAUGAGCGACGCGGGACGACAGGACAGAAAUUGUUUGACAACUUAUUCACUAUCCUUAUGUCCUUGUACAGAAUAUGCAUUGGACGGCGAUGGCAUUUAGCGUGGAGAAACGGCGUCGAAAAGACAUGACACUCUGGCACGAGUUACGGACGGGCAGACCACCAAGUGGGUGCAGGUCGCUCGCUAGGAUUAGUGAUGUUGUUUAGCGCAUUGCAACAUAUUGUUAAUGAAUGAAAGAGUCUGGGGAGUGUAACGAUAUUUGAUAGACGAGAAAUGAAGAAGAACCGCGAACUGCUUCGCACAAUUUGACAUGA